AACCUGAUGAGGUUCAACACGGCAAAGUGCAAGGUUUUGCAUUUGGGCCGGAAGAACCCCAGGCACCUGUACAGGCUGGGAGGAGUGGUCCUUGAGAGCAGCUCGGCAGAGAAGGACCUGGGGGUCCUGAUGGACGAGAGACUGAAUAUGAGCCAGCAGUGCGCUCUGGCAGCUCGAAAGGCAAAUGGGAUCCUGGGCUCCAUCAGGAGAGGGGUGGCCAGCAGGGACAGGGAGGUGAUUGUCCCUCUCUACUCGGCUCUUGUGAGGCCCCAUCUGGAGUACUGUGUCCAGGUGUGGAGCCCUCAGUACAAGAAAGACAUUGAGAUUUUGGAAAGGGUCCAGAGGAGGGCGACUAAGAUGAUCAGGGGGCUGGAGCACCUCCCCUAUGAGGACAGGCUGAGGGAGUUGGGCUUGUUCAGCCUGGAGAAGAGAAGGCUGCGGGGUGACCUCAUUGCAGCCUAUCAAUACCUGAAGGGAACCUACACCCAGGAGGGGAGUAAACUCUUCAAAAGGGCUGACAACAGCAGGACUAGGGGAAAUGGUUUUAAGUUGAAGGAGGGAAGAUUUAGGUUAGAUGUUAGGGGGAAGUUCUUUACUAGGAGAGUGGUUAGGCCCUGGAACGGGCUGCCCAGGGAGGUUGUGGAUGCCCCGUCCUUGGACGUGUUUAAGGCCAGGUUGGACGGGGUCCUGGGCAACCUGAUCUGAAUGUGUAUGUUUGGUGGCCCUGCCAGGCAGGGGGGUUGGAACUACAUGAUCCUUGGGGUCCCUUCCAACC